CCCAACUCAGCAUCUAGUGCUCGCUGGGUCGAGGUGAGGUUGGUGGUGUUACCGCGGCUGUCACGAUGGCAUGGGUCUGGACUGUACCCCAACGUCUUGGGAGUCGUGGGUCGUCGGAAGAACAUCUUUAGUGGCGGACUUGCGCCGCAGGCAUCUUGGCGGCUGCGGGAGAACAGCUCUUGAGCCCAGUGGGCCUCUAGGCAAGAUGUCCCUGCCCAUCGGGAUGUGCCGCCGGGCAUUCAGCUAUGAUGAUGCCCUGCAGGACCCUGCACCCAUGACUCCUCCUCCCUCGGACAUGGGCAGCAUCCCCUGGAAGCCAGUGAUUCCAGAGCGCAAGUAUCAGCACCUCGCCAAGGCGGAGGAAGAAGAAGCCAGUGUACCCCCCACAGCCAUGACCCUGGCCAGGGCCACGGCCACUGACAGCAUGGAUAAGGUCCCGGUGGUGAAGGCCAAAGCUACCCAUGUCAUCAUGAGUUCUCUGAUCACAAAACAGACCCAGGAGAGCAUUCAUCGUUUCGAGCAACAGGCAGGACUGAGAGAUGCUGGCUACACACCGCACAAGGGCCUCACUACUGAGGAGACCAAGUACCUUCGAGUGGCAGAAGCACUCCACAAACUAAAACUGCAGAGUGGAGAGAUGACAAAAGAAGAGAAGCAGCCUGCCUCAAGCCAGUCCAGCCCAAGCAGUACUCCUCAUUCUUCCCCAAAGCAGAAGUCCAGGGGCUGGUUCAUUUCUGGUUCUUCCACAGCCUUAACUGGCCCAAAUCCUAGCACCAUGGAUCCUGGAAGUGAGGACAAGGAUAGAACCUCAUUAGAUAAAUGGAAUGUGUUUGGACCAAGACCCCUCCAGAAGUCUGAU